GCGGCCGUCAACCACACCUUGUCGGGGAAAGCAACUCGCGAGAGACACGCGCGCAUCCACGCACACAUAUAUACACAUACACAAACAUACACACACAGACACACCUCUCGAAAAGCACCCCGUCGCCGUCGUUCGACCGGUCGUUUCGCUUUCGACGCGGUCUGCCUGUUGCGGGACGGCUGAUUCGUCGAAGGAAGGAUCAUCACAAGUGCAAGACGGAUAAUUGACAAGGGCCUGUAGAAGAUGGACGUAAAAGGGCGAGUUGCCCUGGUGACGGGCGCCGCUUCCGGUAUCGGUAAAUCUUGCGCCGUGGAAUUAUUAAACGAAGGCGCGAUGGUGUCUAUAUGCGAUAUAAACUCAGAAGAGGGUGAAAAAUUAGCAGAAACUUUGUCUACAGAACAUGGGAAAGACCGUGUGAUCUUCUGUCAAUGCGACGUCACAGACUAUUCGCAAUUCGAAGAAUCGUUUCAAACAACGUUCGCGACGUUCGGCCACAUCGAUAUCGUUGUUAAUAACGCUGGAAUAAUGAACGAUCGAUUUUGGGAACUGGAAGUGGACAUCAACGUUAAUGGCGUGAUCCGCGGAACUUUGCUCGCUCAGCGAUUUAUGGGGACGGACAGGGGUGGCCAGGGUGGAAUAGUGGUUAAUAUUGGAAGCAACGUCAGCAUCAACCCUUAUGCGAGUGUUCCAAUUUACUCUGCCACCAAGGCGGCAAUCGUCAACUUCACCAGAGCGUUCGGGCACCAAUACCACGUGGAUCUAACCGGCGUGAAGGUGAUGGCAUUAUGCCCAAGCGCGACAGAUAGCAAAUUAUUAGGAGAUGUCAGUAAACAAUUGCUGUGGGCUCGAUACGUAGACGCUUGGCUUCGUGACGUCGCCAGUUCAGUUCCUCAAAGAUCAGAGCACGUAGCUAAAGCGCUGAUCCAGAUUCUAAACACAGGCAAAAGUGGAAGCGUCUGGAUGGUGGAGAAGGACCAACCUGCUCACGAGAUCACAUUCCCGAAAAACUAAGAUCCUAACUGUCAUGAUUUAUGGUGUGAAUUUACUCGCUUGAAUUCAAAUAGCUGUGCCGUACCAUACAAAAUCUCUCAUCGUCUCUCAUCAUCGCUACAAACAGGCAAAAAAGAAAAGGAAAACAAAUUAUUCCGAAAUAUUCCCUGUAUCCACAACCUAAAGUUUAUUUGCAAUUCAAAUUUUACCGGAGAUUCGAGUUGACGACCUAAGGAUCGAUCAUCGAGAAAGCGUGAAAUGCUAUGCAGAAUCAAGAACACGCUUUUAGAUAUAAAGAUGCAUCAGUUGUAUUGCCAAAGAUUACGGAAGGCAAUUAGUACGAUGAGAACGUUUCUUUGUACGUUGUUAUCCGUUCGUGUUAGAUUUAGAAGGAAUAACGCUCGUUUUAAUUAUAAUAUGAUAAUUUAACGGGAUUCUCUCGAGUGUCCGUUCCUAUUUUCCUUCGAGAGUAUACUCGAUGGGAAUUCAUAGGAAAUUCUUCAAUAAUGGCACGUCACAAUGUUAAUCGAAGGAGGCAAAUGAUAAUCUAUAAAUCGAGAAGUCAUGCACUGCUGUAAGUUUUUCAUUAACGCGUUUAUCGCCACGUUACUUCUACACGUUACAUAAAAAUCGAGGACCUUGGAUGUUACGUUGUAUUCGUUUGUUACAACAACCCACGUGAUUGAAAAAUAACGAUGUAAGCUGUUUAAGAGAAACGAGUUUAUACGUUUUAUACGAAUCGUUCUUUCUAUAACAAUACGUGAAAAGGCAGAGUACUCCCAUUUGUAUCAUCGAGUUGCAACAAAUAAGCGAUAUAUGUUUGACAUUUAUCGUUUCUACGAUAGAAUUCUAGUUCACUUCAGACGAAUGACGUAACUAGAGAAACGGGAAAAUCGAUUUAAAACACAAGAUUAUUAAUUAUUCAAUCGUUUAACGAUGAAAAACUUCGCUUCCUUUCGUCAUUUAAUUAAUAGUUCUCAGAUGUUUAUAGUUUUUAUGAAUUGGGACAGUUCUGCUUCAAAUUGUGACAUUAUCGUUGAAUGGUAUAAUUUAAUCGAAUAAUCGUGGCACCUCUAUCCCAGUAAGUAAUUCGCUUUUUGAAACAAUUUUUACGAAUAAAUUAAUGAAAAUUAAUGGUUUUAACAAGCUGAUAGAAAAUUCAACAAAAAUUGUUAAUUGCAAUGAAAAUUUUAAAUUACAGUGAUAUAAAAAUGAAACUAAAAUUGCAUAUCUAACACGCCAAAGCAACAUUUUUCACUUUAUCUUCGAAUGAACUCUCAGCUCGAACUGCCUUGGCGAUCAACGCGUUAAAUUAAAUGUCGUUUCGACGAAAAAUUAAAUAUACGCUGUGAAUCGAAAGUUGGCCGAACGAACAACGCUUUCGAUGAAAAUUAAAAAUCAGAAUCGCCAUAUUGGGUUUUAUAUUGUUUAACAAUUGCCAUGUGUCCCCGAUAAGACUCGAUACUUUGUAAAAUAUAUCCUCAACACUUUUUACUCAUACAUAUUUGUUAUACUGCGCGACUCUGCGCAACAACCAUUUCUCAUAAAUAAUUGUAAAAUCAAAGAACUUUGCUUAGAUAGUCGUGUACAAUGGUUCGCAGUAAUAUUUAAAGAGGUGUACGAUGAAUUUUAUCACACCUUACCUAAGCCCUCUGAAGAAACCUGUCUCCGAUCUUUUAAUAAUAGAUACACAAGCCGAUUAGAUGUUUUACUGGUGAAGGUUUCCGACUAAACUUUGUUCGAUAUUUUUUGAAUAGUAAAAUAAGUAAAAUUUCAUCUUAUCGACGAUUAUUAUCAUUAAUCAAUUUUUCCCGGAAUGUAACACCUUUCGUGUAAAGAUACGUAACAUAAACUGCGCCAUUUUUAAAAAAAAUCGAACAAGGUUUUGAUCUUUGGACUUGAAAAGUUUUCAAUGUUCAAAAUGUACAAGCGUUUUUUAAUUUAGGCUUAUAGUAAUGUAAUAAGGCAAAAGAAAGCGAUAAAACGACUCGAACUAAAUAAUAAUAAUGAUAAUAUUAAUAAUAAUAAUAAUAAUAUUAAUAAUAAUAAUAAUAAUUAACCGUUUAAAAUUAAAAUAAAUGAAUUUACCUCAAACACACUAAACUGUCCAAUUUGUAACUUGGAUGCAAGCAAUCGUAUAAUGUACUAACAGUAAGAGCGAAUAUCAAUAGAAAUCAAUGGUAGUUUUCAAGAUCGAAUAACAUUUUAAAUUUUCUACUACUCCGUUCUAAUAGCUCGAUCACGAUAAAUUACGCAUGAAAGUGUCUGCAAACAGACGUGACUCGAUAUGUGCCAGUCCAGUGCGUUAAUACGAUAUUGAUAAAUUUAUACUGAGAAUGUUGAGAAACUGAACAAAAUUCAUUCCAUCCAUAAAUUAACAUUUUUUUACAUUUAUAAAAUAAAAUCGAUAAUCGCGUAAGAUCGAGUCCCUCGUUUGCGACUACUUUAUGCAAACUUUCGACUGAAGCGAUCGAGAGGAUAGAUUUAUUAUCACGAAAGAAACCGAUUGAAACGAUUUGUCCAAGAACAGAACGAUAAUCGUGCGUGUAAUAUUUUAUACAAAUUCGUAAACACGGGGACGACCAAUGUAAAAGAAGAAACGAAGAAACUUAGGUUUAGAUGCAGUGAAAUCGAGGCCUAAACUCGACGUCUUCGACGAAAAAUCAUAAUUAUUAUACAUUCUAAUCGUCCAUUAUUCCAUCGAACAUCCUUAACGUCUCUCUUGUCCCGAAUACAUUUACUUCGGAACGAUUAUACUCUCUUGAAAAUUGAGAAUCUAUCCCUCGUCUAUUUCGAAUCAAAUUAAGAAUCUGUCCCCACCACCGUACUUAGCAAUUAAUAUUAUAUUCAUAUUAUUUUUUACUACGAUGUUCUCCGUUGUGUGAAAGAUUCUUGAAAUUUUUGAUAAUAAAAAGCAAUACAAUAGCUGGUAAAUUUUUGAAAGAUUAUAAUCGUUAUAUAAAUUAUUAUUAUUACACGAUUAUUACGUAUAGUGUGAGAAGCAACAAGCAGAUCCACAGGAUCUAAAAUCGAAGAUCAGCCGCACCUUUUAAAUAUAACAUCGCACGGUCUUUAUCGACACGACAGUUUGAUCGAUAGCUAGUGGAAAUUGUUAUAAUUUGCUGGAAAUGUAUGUUGCAAGCCUAGCCAAUAAAAUGCAUAGCUUUUUUUUUACAAAAGAACUCAAUUAUAGUAUCAACGUUAGAGUGAUUUAAAUACGUUAUUAAGUCGUAAAAGUAAAACCUUUGUUUCCUCGUCAAGUGUUCCAAUUAAAUCGAUUUCCUAAUAAAUUUCUUUCCCUAA